UCCACUCGAGCUGUCUUGAGCGGGAGAGAGAGAGGCGGACAGUUGUCCGUGCGAUUCAUCCGGCUGAAACGAGAGACAAGAGCGAGAGAGAUCGUGUAGGGAUUUCGUUUGGAAGAUUGAGAGGAGGAAUUUGUUUCUUGCGUGCGACCUAGGAGCAAGAAUCGAUCGCUGCUGGCUUGUUUCUUUGAAGCCCAAGCAAUCAUCUGCAAGUAAGAUGGAAACAGAGGCUGGAAAGGGAAAUGAUGAGCAACGGCUAAUUUUUAGAGACAUCAGAAGAUAUUACUGUGAACAUUGUGGAAUUUGUAGGUCCAAGAAAUCUCUUUUAAGAUCUCAUAUAUUGUCAAACCAUAAGGAAGAAUUACAGAAGGAAAAACUUCACGAGGUUAGUGCAUUCAAGCCAGCAAGUCGGAAGGUUCAACAUGCUUGUGAAGAGUGUGGCGCAAGAUUCUGGAAACCAGCUCAUCUAGCGCAGCAUAUGAGAAGUCACUCCGUUGAGAGACCAUUUGCUUGUCCAGUGAAGGAUUGCUAUUUUAGCUAUCGACGAAAGGAUCAUCUAAAUCGGCAUUUACUCAAACACCAGGGCACAGUCUUUGAUUGCCCUGUUCAAUGUUGCAAUCGCUCAUUUUCCUUCCAAGGAAAUAUGAAGAGGCAUGGGAAGAAACUUCAUGGUGAUGACACCCCAGAUGAAGGUAAAAAGCGGCAUACUUGUGAGAAGCCUGGAUGUGGAAAGACAUUUGAGUUUGCAUCUAAAUUAAAGAAGCAUAAAGAUUCCCACUUAGAGGUGGAAUUCUUGGAAAUUUUUUGUGGAGAACCUCAUUGUAUGAAGCCUUUCACAAAUUCUGAGUGCCUGAAGGCCCAUAUACAAUCUUGCCACAAGUAUGUUAAGUGUGAGGUAUGUGGAGCUCAACAAUUGAGAAAAAAUUUUAAGCGACAUCAAAGGACACAUGAAGGUGUUAUUUCAAAGGAAAGAAUCAAGUGCAGUUUUCAAGGAUGCGAACAAACGUUCUCAAAGAAAUCAAACCUCAAUAAGCAUGUUAAAGCUGUUCAUGAAAAACUGAGACCAUUCAGAUGUUCGACAUCUGGAUGUCAGCAAAGAUUCUCCUACAAGCAUGUUAGAGAUAAUCACGAGAUGACUCAUGUGUACAUGCAGGGUGAUUUUUUCGAAGUUGAUGAACAGUGGAGGUCAAGGCCCAGAGGUGGACGGAAGAGGGAAAGAAUAACUAUUGAGGCCUUGACGAGGAAAAGAGUAGUUCCGUUAGACAGAACAUCCAUCAUGGAAAAUGGAGCCGGCUACUUGAGAUGGUUGUUUGCCGAUGAUGAAUAGAAAGCAUUCAUAUAGUACUAAAAUUAUAUUGGCAUAUCUAUGUGCAUGAAAAUUUCCAUUGUACCAACAUUUAUAUUUAGAUUUUUUUUUUUGGUUCAUGGAAUGUUUGGUGGUUCUGUUUGAAGUACAUUUUUUUUAAUAGAAAUUGUAGUAAAUGCAUUGAUUUUUUGUUUGAUAUUAGGUUUUAUUUGAUUUGUUGUA